AUGGCUCUUCACUGGUUUUGGGUCGUUGGUUGGUUUAUAACUCUUUUCGGUUUCCUGGGAAACACCUGGAUUAUUUUCAUCAUCGUGAAAAGAAGAAGAUUACAAACAACAGCCAACUGGUUUGUUCUUUCUUUGGCAAUCGCCGAUCUGGGCGUCACUUGUGGAUAUUUCCCAGCAUCUUUUGUUUGCAACAUACUCGUUCACUCAUGUAACAACAGCAUUCGCUUUAAUUUCUACAGCUUUUUCAUCGAAGCCUCCACCUUCUCGAUGAUUGCGAUGAUUGUGGAACGUUAUAUCGCCAUCGUUUAUUCAUUAAGAUACGUAUACGUUAUGACCACUGCAAAAACAAUCACUAUCAUUGUGGCAUCUUGGGGAGUUCCGAGUGUUCUCAUCUUCGCUAGAUGGGCAUACGAACUGUAUUACAAUGAGAUUUCUGCCCAGGCAGAGUUCGUAAUAAUCACCAUGUAUACGCUGUUGUUUGAAAUUGUGCCAACGAUAAUCCUUAUCGUAACAACCUCGCAUAUCUUGUUCAUCGCCCGAAGAGUUUCGAAGCAGAUGUCAGUUCUGUUGACUCAGGUUAGAUUUAACGUGGCGGCAAACUCUGCAAGAAUACUGAACGCACCAGUUAAAAUUGGGUUGAAAUCGUCAACGGUAAAAUUAGUGGUUGCAGUUGUUGCUAUAUUCGUAGUAUGCUACGGGACAGAAAUCUACGUCACAUUCUGUCAAGCCCCGUAUAACCUUUGUGCAGUCCCUGACGAUGUCCAAACAUUCUUUUCUCUGCUAAUUAUGGUUAACUCAGUUCUUAAUCCGAUUGUAUACGCAUUCCUAAAACAGGAUAUCAAGAACGAGACAAGAGCCGUGUUUCGUUUCGGAAAGGAUAGCAGAUCACAUUCAGGAUCUCUGAGAACUGCUAGGAGCGGAUUCUACUCAGUAAUCACAUCAUGA